ACUGACAGUGUUUUAUCUUUAUCUACACAAUUUUUGUAAAUAAAUACGAUUUCGCUAUGUCAGAGCCUCAGUGCAAACGAAGCAAGAUGCCGAGCUCCCUCGAUCAGCUGAAGGCCCUUACGGUCGUUGUUGCCGAUACCGGUGACUUUGAAGCGAUGAAAAAUUACAAACCUACGGAUGCCACAACAAAUCCUUCCUUAAUUCUGGCUGCGGCUACAUUGCCUCAGUACAAAUCUCUGAUCGAUAAAGCUGUUAACUAUGGAAAUAAAAUUGGAACAACACAGGAGGAAAAGCUUGAAAAUGCCAUGGAUAAGCUUUGUGUGUUAUUUGGAACAGAAAUUUUAAAAAUCAUACCGGGUAGAGUUUCCACAGAGGUUGAUGCUAGAUUAUCUUUCGACAAAGAAGCCAGUGUCGCAAAAGCUUUAAAAAUUAUUCAACUCUAUGCGGAUGAGGGCAUCUCAAAGGAACGUAUUUUGAUCAAACUGGCGUCAACUUGGGAGGGAAUUCAGGCGGCCAAAGUUUUGGAAGAAAAACAUGGAGUGCACUGUAAUUUGACCUUGCUUUUUAAUUUUGCCCAAGCGGUAGCUUGCGCCGAAGCAGGAGUUACAUUGAUUUCACCAUUUGUUGGCCGUAUCCUGGACUGGUAUGUGGCAAACAGUUGUCAAAAAACAUAUUCCGGCGAUGAAGAUCCUGGAGUGAUUUCUGUAACAAGAAUUUACAACUACUAUAAGAAGUUUGGAUAUAAAACUGUUGUCAUGGGGGCUUCUUUCCGUAACAUAGAGGAAGUUAAGGCUCUUGCUGGUUGUGACCUUUUGACCAUCAGCCCAAAACUACUUGGUGAACUAGAAGCAAGCAACGAUCCCGUCCCAAAGAAGUUAAGUAAGGAAGCGGCAGAGAAGGCAUGUUUGGAUAAACUUGAAUUAACAGAAGCUAAGUUUAGGUGGUUGCUAAAUGAAGAUCAAAUGGCUACAGAUAAACUUUCGGAUGGUAUCAGAAAAUUUGCCGCCGAUUCCAUUAAACUUGAAAAUACCAUCAAACCUCUAUUAAAAUAAUUCACAACCAGCAACCUGUGUUUCAUAUUUGUAGAUUGCUAUUUGUGUUUCCUUUGUACUAGCGAUAUAUCUACAGAAUAUUUUUUUAAAUACGUAAUUUAAAAAAUGACCUUAAUAUAUAAUUUUUUAAAUACCAUGGACCACACACAAACUUUAUUAAUAUUUCCUAAAUGUGAUGAAAAAUAAUUUAACUUUAAAUUUGCAGUGUCGAGUUGCAAUAACCUCGUGUUUCAUAUCACUUGCUCAAUUUUUAUAAAAUUUAUUAAUACAGACGAGCCUCCAUAAACGAUUUCAAGCCACGUGAUCUGUAAUUUUAUUUCCUUCACAUUGGCAAUUAAAAUUCAAUAAAAUUAAAACAAGAAUCUAUUCAACCAAGCAGCCAUCGCAUUAUCUCGAGCAUAGGCGUAAUGAUUUAUCAUUGUUCAUUUUAAAUUAUACUAUUAAUAUUAGUGAUGCCGAGAUUUAGGAAAUUUUCGUUACCUGCAUUAUGCAGGGAUCGUACCAGAAAGUACACAGACGUUAAGAGAACAUUCCUUCGGCAAAAGUAAGCAAAAAAGUUUAUAUUGAUCUUGAUACAUUUAAUAUUUAGUAAAUAAUUGUACAUUUCAGUUAGUAGCGCCGUAGUUAUGGGGGGUAGAGGGGCUUUUGAAAACGUAACUGUUAAUCGGUAUCCUCGUUUUAUACUUAUUUUUAAUAAACAUACACUACUUUUUAAA